ACUGACCCGCUUUGUUCCAGAGGCUGUGGAACAAAGCAGCUUCUUGAAGAGAUGUAUCCCCAUGCUAUAAUCGGAUUUUGUUGUAACAGAAACUUGAAAUAAGAAUGACGAAAAAACCUGGCCUCAGUCAACGACGUUACCAAUAGGGUAUCAGGGCAGGCUAUUCCUGCCGCGCGUCGGAGGAGGGAGUUGUGCCGAGCCCCGCUCGAACUAAUCAUCAAUGAGAAUGCAGGUACGACAUCAGUAAGCUACGAGGCGAAGGCCAGUACGAAAUCCUUCAUCUACAAUGAUAAAUGCAGUCUUUACCCCAGUAGCUGUCGGAGCUCCACCUGUUAUUUUCACAUGUAGCUUGUUUUGCUUUUCAUGAUCUGUUGUUCAGUAUCAGUUCCACCCUGAAUGUCCCCCGAUUAAUUAUUCACAUUGUUCUUGUUGUUUGAGGUCGCAGUGAAUUCCGAACUCUAAGGCUGGCAGGGGUUGGAGAACGAGAGGUGGCUCCGGAAGAAAAUAAGUAAGUACUUUAACCGACGCACCAUCAUCUUCACGACGACGAUCACGACCCAGUAGAGCUGCCGCUUGUGAAUUUGCAGCGAUGACGGACCAAGCGGAGAUGAAGCAGCCCGCCCGGUGUUCUUGAACACCACUAAAAAAGACCAUCGGCACCGAGGAUGAACACGACAAGUAGAGCCGCAAAGAUGUUGUUGCCGUGCUUUCAACAUCUAUCGCAUUUGUCCUCGUCGUCCUUGCGGGUAGGGUUGCAAUUAUGUGUCGUGCUGCUACUUUUCCCACACGACACGACGCCGCCCACAAAUAUUCACCUGCGACCAGGACGACCACAUGAUGCCAAGAACCUGGAAGAAGCACGAGACCACCCCAGAAGUACUUUCCUCUUCGUCGGUGCGGUCCGAGUUGUGGACAUCGACCGGGCCGGAUGGCCGGACGAGGUCAUGAUCGUACCGUCCUCUGCGGCGGCACAAAAACAGGCGGAGGAGGAAGCGAGAAGGGCCGCGGCGGCCGCAGCAGGGAACCCCCAUAAUAUGCUGGGUCAACAUGGAUUUUAUUCCGGCGCCUACAACUUGCUGCAACCGGUGAGCAGUUUUUUGUCGGGCAUUUUCGAAGGAAUGUUCUCCCAGUUGAAGAGGCUGAAGAAUGUCCGGAUGUCCUCCUCGACCCAGUUCCUGGCGCCGCGGAAGAAGGUAGAGGAAAAUCAAAACACGGCGGGGGGAGCGGCCUCUGAAGACGGAGCAAGGAACGACUUCCUCGAAGAUGCAGGUGAACAGACCAAUAGUGCAAGAACAACUUCAACAUCUUCCACCGCGGAACACGUCGCGCGACACCCAAACGCAGGAGGAGCAGAAGCUGAAGCUCAGCGAUUGGACCAAAAAUCCGAUGGAGUUAUAACCGGGCCCGGUGGACGAGGAAGAGCAGCUUCCAGCUCGGUGGAGCAGACAACAAGUGUACUGGAAGUAGAAAAACGUCGCCCUGAAGAUGGAGGUGGAGCAAGAAAAAUGGCGGGACCACCUGCAGAUGUUGUUCUACCCGCACCAGCGGAAGAAGCAGGAGCAGCGGGACCAGCUUCCCCUCGUCCACUUACCGCCCCUGACAAACUACAAGCUGAUGAUGAGAUGAAAACAGUUCCGACGUUGAUCGUGCCAACAUCAUCUUCUUCCAUUUCUUCCUCGAGGACUCAUUUUGAUGCGCAGAGCUCAGCCACUGAAGAAAAAUCUUCAGUGCCUCCUGCUUCACAGGUGCAGCAAGAAGAGGAGGCGUUGACAACAACACCUUCUUCUUCUAGUACCGCAUUUCAAUUUUUGCAGGAGAAAACAGUGGACGAUACUACUGCGACAAACCCUCCUGCGCAGAACCAGCACCAGCAGGGGCCAGAAGUUGUACUGCCUUCAAAAACCGCACAAGAAAGUCGACCGGAGGUGGUAGAUCCGCCGGCUCUCUCUCCUGCGGCCGUAGUUGUGAAGACUGCAAGCCGAAGUGGCACGACGACGCAGCUGCACGAUCAAGCCGUCAGCAUGGCAGAAACCACGACUUCUGCAUCCACUACUCCCAAAGUAGGUCGUAGCGCCAGUGCAGAAGAAGCUACUCUCGCUGCGGGCGGUUCUGAGGACGCACGUACAACUACAGCACCUCCUUCGGCUGGAAAGGAAGACGCUGUUGAAGCUUUUCUUGAAAAUCAACAGGGUGAGAACUUGAAACAACGAAAUGGAAAUCCAAAUUUUGGAACAGGAACAUCAAGCCACCUUCUUCAUCCAGAAGAUGCAGCUAGUACAUCAACUACACCCACGGUGACGUCCACAGUGGAAAAUAGUCACGAUCUGCCACUUCAUGAUGAUCCACGACCUGUGCAGCCCCCGGCCGCUGGAGCAGGGGCCGCGGCCACGGAGACGGCUGCGGAAGGCGACAGUGAGCUGCUCGACGACGCUCCUGCUCCCGCAACGUCAACAGCGCAGGUCUCUUCCGGACCCCAAGGAGCGCGACGGCCCAGAGAAGUAGAUCCAGUAGAACAACAGGGCAGUGCUCCUGUCGGUGAGUUGGCUAAGUUUUCCUCAUCCGGUCGCGGUGAUCAAAUGAACAGUGAGGCAGCUGCAGCGUUACGAAAAAGCGGAGAUAAGGUUGCUGUUGCUCCUCCUGCUUCAGAGGUGGGAGGAGGUGCAGCAAGUGGAAGUAGCGAAGGAACUACCUCCGCACGGCGAAGGAGCAAAAAUUAUGGAGAAGAUGAAGUGGCGGAAAAUUAUGCGGAGAGUUUCUUGAAUUCAGUGCCAGCACCAGCAGCGCCGGAGAAAGACAAUGUCAAAACUGCUGUGGACGAAGAUGAAGAACCAGUUCGUGGACAGCAGAAGGUUGUUCUUCCUGCGCCUUCGCCCAACGAAAAGAAAACUGCCUCGCAAUCGCUCGCACAACUAGAUGACCUUCGCAGCCGCGGCUCGGAACAAGGGUCCGCGCACAACUCUGGGCAGCAGCACGACCCGAGCCCCGCCGGGAACACCGAGCAGAGGGCACUGAAGCAGCCGUGCCCCGAAGGCGAGGGGCACCAGCAGCUGUCCGAGGGUUGUACCGCUGCGAGCGGUGGUGGAGCAGGAGCUGCUUCCGCUGCGUUCGUGCAACUACCCGGAGUUGUGCUCCCGGAAAAGGACCAGGUUGCGAAUUUUGGCGGCGAGCUCAUGUUGAGUGGAUCUUCAGGGGGACCAGUAGACAAGAACAGCACCAAUAUGGGCCCAGGAGGAGAACGAGGCUCGGUUGAGCAACAGCCCGCGGAAGUCGUUUCUGGUGUGGUUGAAGAACAAAAAGAUCCGGCGCAACUGGGUAGUACUACAACUAGAACAACAUCGCCUGCUGCCAUGUCGAACAACGAUAAAGUAGAAGAUGAAAACAAGAACUUAAACUACAUCAAGCUUCCCCUCCCGAUGACAAUGAAGCAUGGGCAUCAAGCAGGAGAAAAAGCGGAUCUUCAAGUAGAUGAAAAAAACAACCACAACGACCUGGUGGAUGGAGCGGUCCCGGGAGAUCGUCGUGAAGGCAGCGCGGCGGAGAGCUUUCCCACCGAGAUGACCGCCGCUUCCUUCGCGGAAGAGCAGGAUAAAAGAAGUGCUACUAGUACUGGUGCUGCCGAAGCCGAACAGGGCGGCGACGGAGAAGGUCUCGCAGCGACGGGUGCUACCACUGCUGCAGAAGCGCCUCCCGCUGCACAAGAUCAUGCGGUGGAAGAUCAUGCUCCGCGUCAAGAUAUGCUGCGUAAAUCUACGAGGCCCACGACACCCUAGAGUCAAGAUGGGAAUUUUGCCUUAUAGAUACAUCCAAAAGGGGUUUUCAGAGUAACUACGCAUGACAAGUUUAUUCUCUCUGUAUGCUAGUGAAGUUUAGCAAGGAGAUCCAAAGAACAAGCAAGAAGCCACCUGCUUACAGCAUUGCAAAUGCCAAAACACGACUUCCAAAAAUGCUCCUCAUGAGGACCGGCAUUGCAACAAGUGUUCCUGUAGAUGCAAAAAUUCCAAACCGUUCCAAAAAAAAACUGCACGACGGCUCUGGGGUGCUGGGGAUGUUUUUCCACAGGAUACAAGAAGAUCUAGGCGCCAGCACUUCUAGUGCAACAACUUCGGCGGCUGUUGCACUUCUCGAAGAGGUCGUGGGUGGUGCCGCUGCUGCGGGUACGAAGGUCACUACGGUCGCGUAUCCAGGAAAAAAACUGUGUAAGUGUAACUCUGUAGGGAAAAUAGCAUCACAAAUUCGCUUUGCAUUGCAGGGAAAACCUGUCAUGCGCAGCCAGUACGUGAAAACACCUGUGAAAGUAACCUAUGACGCAGACCCAGCAUGACAAGUGUAACAGUUUUGGACUUUCUGCAUCACAGACUUACACUCACAUACUUUUUUUCUUGCAUAUCGCGCCCGUGGCGUCGAUUGCUCCUCCUGCACAAGAAGGGCGACGCGAAUAUGGCGUUCUCAAAUCGGUUACCUUCUCAACUGUUACAUGAAUUUGUAAUGCAAGAUUAGCACAGGCGAGAGGGAGAACCUUGCGCGUCUUGCAUUACAGGUUUAUUGGUGCGGAUUACAGUGCUAUUUAGCCCUCCGAGAAUUUAUCAUGCGAAGCAGCUUGGUCGUGUGGCGGGUCAUGGUCAUUUUGCAUGACAAAGCAUGUAACAGUUGAGAGUGUAACGUUUGAGAGCCCCAUAGCGAAGGUAGUGGCGAUGUUGUUCCUCUACUUCGGGUAUCACUUGCAAAAAUGUCUGGGUCUGGAAGGUUGAAACUUGUGAUGCGCAUUUCAGAACACAGAAAAAUCUCUCAUGCAUAGGCAACAAAAGUUGCCCACUUUCUGUCACCAAAAUCAGGGAUUUGUCAUGCGGAUCCGGCAUUGCGAACGCUUCUCGAAACCUGUGAUGCUAGAGCUUCCAUGCCAUACCUUCUGUGUCAUGCAAAAGCAGCAUGAUUCUUCCAGACCCAGACAUUUUUACAUUUGAUAUCGGGAGGACGCUAGUGGAGGCGUGGUGCCUCCUGGUCGUGCGUCUCAGGAAUCAGGGCUGUUGCCUGGAGUAGUAGAGGGGGAGGAGCAGGUCGGCGUCGGGGACCAAACGGCCGUCGCGUCCUUGGUGCAGAAGGAAGCGCAUCUUCUGAAGCAGAGCAGGUCACUUGACGACAAAGUAGCGCCGCCUCAACCCUGGGCUGAAUACGCACAACUUCCUCCGGUAAUUGUCAAUAAAGAUCUACAACAAGAGACGACUACGUACUGGCGGGCUACGUUACCAAAAGACGUGUACGACGCAAUAGUGAACCCUAUCACAGAGGAUUAGCAUUUUGUUAAUCGCGUAGAAUUCUUUCGACAGAAACCGAAGCACCAGCUGCAGGAAUCUAGUCCGGACCUUCACGGCAUGAAAGAAACGUGUCAUGACGCAGCCGCACAGAGUAGACAGAAGAGCAAGAGCAAAGGGGGCAAGGGCAUGCUUCGAAAAUAUAGAUAUAUCCAUCGUUACUUCUUGCUGCAUAAUAAGAUCAAAAUUGAAUAUUUCAAACGAAAUGGACGAAAAGUUGUCCUGUAAAUUACUUUGCUACAACUGGUCGUGCAGCAGUACAGCAGAUGUAUGAAUCAGCGCGAUGAAACUACCACGCUUUUUUUCUGUGAUAGAUCCGGUAGGUGAGGUUGUGGACGAGAAGGACCGGCAAGAGCUUCGAAAGUUGGCUGCUGAAGGCUGUCUCCUUCCGACGCCGGAGUUAAAGAAAGAACCCCUCGCAACAAUAGGACCAGACAGGCGGCCACUGGUGACGGAGCCUAAAAUGAAAAGGAAAAAAAUGACUCCGGUCAUGCAGUAUCAGCAGAUUGGGACACCGGAGGAGGAUUGGCGGGGAGUAUCGGAAACCAAAAUAUCGGAGGCCGGAGAGGAGUCAUGGGUUCCAGAUCCAUACGCCAACGAGGAGAACCAGAAGCUGCUUGUACAACUGGCCGUAAACAAUGUCAAUAGCAUCGACAAUAAACCAAAGCUCUUCAUCACCUUCGGCAACACGGGUACCGGGAAGAGCCUUCUCGCUGAGAGAAUGAUUGAGAUGGCGGGGCUCACUUCCUCGGAUCCGAAUAAUCCGAAGGUCGAAAAAUUUCUUGUUGACGACCUGGUGGAGCCGCAAGAAGUCUUCAAGGUGUAUGGGGUUCUCAAAAGUUACGUUCUCAACUGUUUACAUGAUUUGUCACGCAAAAGCACUAUCAACAACAACCAAGGAGAAGGAACAACUACAUGAACAUCGCCACGGUGAAGAUCAAGCUACUUCGCAUGACAAAUUUUGGAGGACUCACUAAAUAGCACUAGAAUCCGCGCCAAAUCUGUAAUGCAAGACGCGCAAGGUUCUCCCUCUCACCUGUGCUAUUCUUGCAUUUUGACUCCGCGACCCGGUGGCCUGACCAUCUGCGGAAAGAUGCCCUAUGGGUGCGUUUGUGGUUUCGACGGUCGGUUUAGCAUUACAAAUCCAUGUAACACUUGAGAAUGUAACGCUUGAGAACGCGAUAAGGUGCUGGGGUGGGUUUUUCUCAAUGCAGCCGGGCAUGACUUGCGGCAAGUCUUGCCCGGAUUUCGUGUAGAGCCUGGAGAGCCUGAUCCUGAAGACACGCACUCGCGGGUUGAAGCAAAAAAAUCAGUUCUGGAGGACCUCGUCAAAGAGCUUGAGGGCCACAUCAAGCUCAGAGACGAUUAUUCAUGCGCGAGCGACGCAGUAGAGCUUCUGACGAAAACUCUUCCGAAGACCCUUCGAAACGCAGGGACGCUAAAAUCGGGACAGGUUCGACGUGUCCCACGUGCACACGAUGCUCCGGACGUUGAUGAGAACACUGGAGAGUGGGUGCCGUUGUGGAGCGAUGAACCGCUACAUUGGAAUUUUGGCUGGGAUCUGAUAUGGAACCUUGCCAUGCUCCAUGACGAGAGGCUCUAUCCCGAUGUGGGGGGUGCACAUUUGUCAAUACCCAAAGACAAGACGAUAUGCUGUGUAAAAGUAUCGUAGUAGUAUUACACGCAGGUUGCUGGAGUUGCAAUACCGUAUACAAAGUCUUGUUCUCUCAGAACAUUUUUGAUACCUGAAGAUUCGCCACGAAGAACUUCGAACGUGGCACAAUAAAAAAGGCAUAUUUAUACGACGCUCUGAAAGGUUUAUAGGCUUACCGAGCUUGUUGCCUUAAACCCAUCAAAGCCACACCGGAACUCUACCUGGCUUGCGGGAUUGGAUGGUGAAGCAGACCUGCCGCAUCUAGCAGCCCAGGAACGUCUACUCGUGUAGCUAAGCGGAAGAGGAAGUCAGCAGUUGCGGCUCUGUGUGACCUGUAAAAGAGGUGUUCGAUCGGGACCCACCUAUGGGCACCGGCACAGAGUCCAGCUGUUGUGGUUCCCAGGGACUAAAUCCGCUCUAGCGCCAGUUUGCCAGGAUUAAAGUGGCUACCGCUUCAGCUUCUUCAAACGACACUCCUUCCUUUUAUUUUCAUUUUGGGUAGGUUUAGCUAUGUGUAUGUCAUGUGCAGACUCAUGGAAGACUUACUAGUGCGAUGCUUUUGCAAUGCAUGAAUGGGGAAGCCGCAGCAGCGGAACGGGAAAGGAAACUAUUGGUGGGACUACACGAAAUGGGGAGCCAAAGCCGACAGGAAGGAGGAAAGGGAAGGCAAACUUAUGAUGACUCCCGCCGAAUACGAAACUUUGUCCGAAAAUAUUAGAUCAAAAAAUCCCCCCUCCAUGUUCAGCGGAAGGCUUCGUAUGCAGCACACGGCUCCUGCAGGUGCAUCACCCUUCGCUUUUUCGCUAUACGUCUAGCGGUUUAACGCGGACGAGGAAGAUGUCUCUGACACAGUCGAAAACGCACCACAGAUUGUUUGUCGAAUGCUCCGCAGGGGCCUCGCUUUCCCUGAAUGCAAGAACACAAAACCAAGACUAACAAAACAGCGCCACACCGAAUUUAGGAGUCGUACUCGUAGAUGGCUUUGCAUUCAUUCAGGUCUCGUGUCCGAGGCGCGACGGGCCUCCUAGCUUAAAAAGUGAAGUGAUGAAGAACCUUAGCGACCUCUCCUGUAGUUUCGAUAAAGUCUGGUGAUGCUGCCACUAAUGCUGAAACUGGAACCGAAAGAAAAUUUAGAAAAGGACUGUCCGAAAAGAAGCGUCUUUUGUAUGUGCGCCGAUGUGGCGCACAGAUCAUAUCUAUGGCCAGGUAGGUCGCCCUGCCGCGCAAGUGCGCGAACCGAGAGCGGAUUCCCCGCAGGUCUACAGCUGAAGUACGGGGCUUGGUUUUGAUGGAUUACUGACUGAAUAUGCAUCGACACGCUCACUCGCAUUCAGCGAUAUUGACCCGUUUCACACGCGCGCAGCCCCUGGCUGAGAGGCGAGGGCGCUCGCCUGAGACUGUAGAAACCUGCGGCAAGAUAAUACAAACAAUAAUAUAGGAAAUAGUCAACGGAAAAAUAGAAGGGAACGUCGCAAGCUUCACUGCCUAUUUUGGGCGGGGGGAUUUUUCCUAACGAGGAAAGAAGAUAGCCUGGACAAAGGCUACGAGAAUAGCGUAGCCUGGACAAAGCGUGCCGGCCCUGUUAGGCGGGACAAAACGGAGCUGACCGAACUCGAACGAAAGAAGGUCGAGCAAGAAUUAGAAGGGCCGAUCGGGAUUCGUCUCUCUCAUGUCGCAACGGCGUUUCGAUUUAGCAAUGUCGCAGGGGACACGGGAUCGCAAUCGCCCGUCCAAAGAGAGUACCAACGCCACGUGCUGGAAAGGUUGGUUCAUGCAAUGGAUCUAACCUACAAGUUUUCCCGCUAUUGCGGGUUCGCUACGAACCCAAAAGCGAUGGAGGGAGAAAAAAGCGCAAACGAUGCUAACGAUAGAUAUAUAUACGAUUAACGGUGUGAAGAAUCCAUUCUCCCGAACAUUCGAAAAAUACUGCGCGCGACAUAUCUGGUCUGCUGGUUCCCUGGCCUUGAAACCUAGCGCGAAGGUGCGUCUGUAGCUCUUGCGCGACUCGCAGGAAGCGGGAAUGCUUUGGGCUUCUGGAUGUUUUUAAAAUUUGCAAAAUGUAAAAUUUGCGGGCAAACUUUCCGGCAAAUGUGCGGCUAAAAUAGUGCUGCAGCAAAUUUGUGUCAAAUUUCCGACAAAUUUGAUGCAAAUUUUCAACGAUUUGCAGCAAACUUUUUGCGUCGCAAUACUGCGUCGCAAUAUUGCGACGUCUCCUGAAAGAGUUUGUUCUAGGACUCUAGUCCCGUUUGUUGGCGUGUUGGCGCGACGCAUUUUCGAGCGCGUCAUAGCAAAUUUGAAGCCAGCCAGAAGCAAAUUUGAAGCAAAUAGAAGCAAAUUCGAAGCAAAUUUGCAGCAAAUUUGAUGUAGCAAAUUUUGUUGCGCCCCCCACUGAGGCUGUCGCCUUCCCGUAAGCUUGUGAGCGAGGGCCGCGCAUGGUCUCGCCAGAUCUGGUGGCUCGGUGGGACGCAAAGCUAGCUGCCUGCGUCUCGUUUCUUCUUUAAAAAAAAAGCCGCGGACAAUAUUUUUCGAUGACGGCCAGAAUGGAUACUUUAAAGCGCUAAUACGAACGCAUAAAGCAGCAAAAGCACGCCCUAAUCGAGAAUAACCAAACGCCUCUUGGAAUCAUCGAAUGGCUGAGGAACCCUCCACCAGAACUAGGAGCUGGAGUUGCGGAAGCCUUCCAUGGCUACGAGAUCUGGCUUGGAAUGAAUCUCGUGGAAAAAGAGGAACUGUGGGGUCGCAUGGUCGCGCGAUCACUGGGAAGUGUGACAUCAUUUACCAAUCCGUUCACCGCAAAAACUGGCCCGCGACUACCGGCGCAAGCGAACGCAGACGCGUGGAUUAUCCGGAACCCGGUAUCCAACGUCUUGAAAGCUAUAGAGACAGGAGAAAUAUUGAUAUCCCCCACAAAAAGAAAAGUUUGUCUGCACUUUGGGCCCGCGGCAGUUUUUUCUGGCGGAGAAGACAAGGCCAGUUUAUAUCUUUUUUGAGUUAUUUGCAAGAAAAGGGAUAAAUUGAAUAGAGAGGCUGCAUACUACUGCUGGCUUUACCGUGCGCGCUCUAAACAACUACAUAUAGUCAAAUGAGUCUGCGCACCACAGAGCCUCGUCAUCACGUGGAACAGAGCCAAACAGUUUUAGACUCAGGGCGCGAAAAAGCUCUCAGUGCAAGAAUUUUUUGUUGGGAUAUUGAACCAAAAAGAAACAUCGUCUCCUCGCAGACGUGCGACAUUUUAUUGUAGUCGACAAUAAUGGGAGUAAUGGCGAAGACAGGCUUCUGGCCGCUGUGGAUCUCAAGACAGGCGUUGCGGCCACGGCGGGCCCCCCAAUAUGCACGAGAGAUGUCACAGACGUGAUGGGCCUGCCCUUGCAGUGGGAACUAAUGGACGUUAUAAGCCGAAGCCUUCAUCGGGAGUUCGAGCGCCUCACGGGUGGCGGUUCAUCGCCUCGCACGAGCGUCACUCUGGGCCUCGAUACCGCCUUUCUGUGCAGGCCGGACCACGAUUACUCGACGGAUCUGGAGAUCCAGAGCGACAUCACUGCAUCAGCAUUUCUUGAGAAUCACGCAGAUAUUUGUGGCGCAGAGAAUUUCGGCAAGAGAUUGCCUAUGCAGGUCACUCCUCUGCAUUUGACGCAGCAAUGCAAAGCAGCACAGGACGAGGUCGAGCUCGAGAAGCAGGAGCAAGAGCAACUUCCGUCGCCUGCUGGUGAAAAACAAGAAAAGAAACUCGAAGCGAAGGGAUGCUGGGAGAAAUAUUGUGGCUUCGAAAGCCGGUAUCACCUGGAAACAAAUAAUGGUUUAAAAGAGAAAAUGCAGUCACAUAUACGCAUCCACAUUGCCGCGAUUGAAAAGUCCGCACUCGCGUUAGGGGAUCCGGCCGAAAUUGAACGAGAGUGGGCCGCUGAAAGAGACAAGCGGCCCAAUCCUGAAGCCAAGCCUCCCUUACACAGUGCAGCACGGGAACUAACGGAGAAAAAGGAGGGUGGGUUUUGGUUGCGGGUGGAACUGGCACAGCUGCAGCUGGAGAGACCCGACAAGCCCAAGUUCAACAACGCGAUUAAUUGGUUGGAAAAGCAGGACUGCACCGCGCUGAAGACUAGCGACCCUGCGCCACUCCCAGCUCGCAAGAACGCUGACCCCCCGGGCGCCGACGAGCAGCGGCUCCCGAGCCUCCAGGCGGAGGACGUGAACGGGGCUGGAGGAAGUUCUGGUGGGCCCGCAGGCGAACCAGCAGCAGCUCUAGCAGCGGCCGGGACCCAGUCCCAGACCAUCCCGACCACGAGUUCUGCGUCAACAUCCCCCGCGCCGCCGGCCGCCGUCACCAGUGACAGUUUUGACGCCCCUCUUGAGCCCGGAGCUGCUGGUGGUGCUGCUGCAGGUGGGGGCAGCAGCGUCGCCGGCAGUAUCUUGGAGCCAGCCGGAGGUGCCCCGCCUGGUGUCUCCUCCACCGCAACGGCCGGGGGCGCAGCUGCUGUGACCAGUAGACCAGGACCCCCCGAGCCCGACAUGCUUCCGCAAGCGCCAGCCGAUUUUCUACCGGCGCAAUCGCUGGAUCAACAUCUUCACCAAGAUCCAUCCGCCCUCGCUCCUGCCCGUGUCCGCACCGAUGCGCCAGGUGGGGGCGCGGGAGGAGCAGAAGCGGGUCUUCAGCUCCUCCCUCCGCAAGGUGGGGGCGCGGGAGGAGCAGAAGCCGGUCUUCAUCCUCCGCAAAUAUCUACACGACCUCCCAAACCGAUGGUAGGUCCUGCACAGCACCAGGAGCGUCCCUUAGCAGCAGGUAGUGUCGCUGCGGCGGAUUCUGGCCCUGCUGAGGGCAGUACGGGACCAGUUCAGACGGGGCGCAGGGAUGAUGAUUUGGCCGCGGCGGCCUCGGUGCAAGGGUCAGGUCCGGAUCAGCAUCAUCGGCCGGCACCAUUUCGGGCCGCGGUCGGCAAGGUCGCAGCAGCCCAUAUUAUGAAAACGAAAAGUGCGGCAACAAUCUUGAGGAAAUCUUCUAUGGCCUCUUUCUUUUCUGCAUCGCAGUGUUGUUGUUGACGUUGAGAUAUUGGUAAAAAGCACCUGGUGAGGUUGACAAGUCACGUAGCUGCAUUCUUAUGAUUCAGUUGCAGUUGUUACUUAUGGUGGUAAGAUAUCGAUGUUUGAUUUUCGUGAUGCCACGGCAACUACUUGCCGUAGUGUAGCUGGACGAACAUCACGCGGACUACUAGGACACGGAUAUAGCAAUACGCUCGUAGUUUCUGCAGCGCCCCACAUCGUGCUGACGCAAGGACCACACCAAACACGAAACAUACACGAACGAAUAGUGACAGGCAACAAUGACAAGUAGAAGAACCAGGGAAGAUAUCAGUGCGUGCGUUUUUCGCUUUCAUAUUUGGGGUUGCCGCUGUUCCCGGUCGCAAAGGAAGCAGCACCAGCGACCUCGACCGAGGAAAGCAGCCUGAAAGUAGCCUAGCCGCUGGCGGAGUUCCUCAACUUCCGGAAGGAGGAGCACGACCAGCAGCCCCCGUUGUCCAGCAAGAUCCUCGGGAACAAGAGGAACCAGGAUUACGACCUUACGUCGAUAAUAAUAUUCUCGACGCGCGAAAAGAAGAACAGCAACAGGGACGCCUAGGAUCUUCGCUUGGGGCGGCUCUUGGGCCGCGGCUCCCUGCUGGAGCAGGAGAUGUUCAUGUUGACCAAGAAGAUCACGGUAUUAUCGGUCAGCAACCACCUCGACUAGGAGUAGGACCUGUCGUUCUGCAAGAAGGUGCUCAAACUGCUGGAGGAGCUGUAGCAGGAGAACCUGCUCCCGGUCUCGGUCUCGACGACUACCAGUUAGCACCUGGUGUCCAAGUACCACAUCAACAUCUUUCCGAUCCGCAACGUGUUGUAGGACCACCACCUGCACCUCGUCCCAGUGGCCAUCGAGUAGCACCACCAGCACAGAAAGGAAAUGGAGGAAAAGGAAAAAGUGGAGGGGCACCACGCGACGCGUAUCGUCAUAUGCAUUGGAAACGUGUCUGUGUCUGGAAAUUCGUUUUGCCUUCAAUCAUAAGAAAUUCAAAUCCUUGUAUGAGUAAGUAGAAUCGCCGCUCAGAACAGAAACAGAAUGCGGUUGCUGACUGCAAAGAACUACUUCAUACGAAACCAAAAGCAAAACGCGGACCGCACUAGAGGACAUGUUUGCACUGGAUAUGAUCUUCGCGUCCUGGCGCGGCAAGUGGAAGACCAGCCGCAGGCGCUCCGCCACAGCGCCGAGUCUCAGGCGUUUAUUCGCAACCGGGACGAGCUGCAAUAGGACAACAACUCCAACCUCAAGGACGAGUUUCAUCUCCGUACAACCCGUACCCGGGCGGAGUAGGACCACGACAAGCAGGAGGUGGUAGUUUGGGUUCGCACCCCGCCGGAGUAGGAGCUCCUGUUCCACCCGGAUCUUCACAGCUGCAGCCCAUGCCACUACAGCAGCAGCCAUCUCGUCCACCUGGAACCGGCGUGUACUACAGACAACCUUCGACGACGCAGCCACAGCUGCAGGCUGCUGCGUACAACUACCCGCCCACGACUACAAAAAUCGUGCUACAGACCACACCCGCCCAACAAGCUCAACCAGCAAACCCGGCUGCGCAACCUCAGCCGGUGGCCUCCCCCAAACCGCGCCCGAAGCCGAAGCCAGUUGAUCAAGGGGGGUGCUGCGAGUAG